GUCCUGUGUAGAUGCUACGCCCAAAAGUCUCUCCGAUCGUAAUCGGGAUUUGGCGAAGACGGGUCUGAUAGGAAACUGGGCUUGCAAUCGCGGCGACGAGUGGAGCGUCGACAUGUUCGUCCGGCGGAGCCAUGCAGACUUACGGGAAGGAUGCUCUUUUGGCCGUGCUUCGAUUACGCUCUGACAGUGACUGUCGAGCUCGUAAUUAUGGUUCAUUGGACUGUGGUAUAUAGAGGGUGCGGAGGUACCGUGCCAUGUCUAUUCCUCAUUCAAACUCAAGUCCUAAGGAGCCAGUCAUCCGAAUUGCAGCUUCUUUUUCAAGUCUCAUCAUUCAUCAUAACUGUAUUCCUUGACCUGGACCAUCUUGAACAUACCUCUUGACGGACACAUUCACCAUGUCAGCUGUUCCUCAAGACUCCUCGGCAGGAGGAUCUGUCCUCGAUGCCACUUCCCAAGAAAACAACAAAGAAACUCUGAACAGCUCUUCGUCAUCAGCAAAAUCCUCUGAAGCUCUCGAAGCCUUCAACCCGGGAUGGCGGUUCUACGCCGCAUUUGCGUCCCUCUGCGUCAUCACCCUCAUGGCCGCCCUGGACGCUACCUCGCUAUCAGUAGCCCUUCCGAUCAUGGCGAAAGCACUUGGCGGCUCAGCACUCGAAGCCUUCUGGUCGGGUACCUCCUUUCUCCUUACCUCCACCGUCUUCCAGCCCAUCAUUGGAUCCUUUUCGCACAUCUUCGGCCGCAAGCCCUUGAUCUACGUUAGUCUUGCCUUCUUCCUCGCUGGGUCCAUCGUUGCUGCUGUAGCCGAUAACUUCACCGUUAUUCUCGUCGGGCGCAGUCUUCAAGGAGUGGGUGGCGGGGGGAUCAUUGUCAUGACCGAAGUGGUUGUGACGGACUUGGUGCCCCUUCGUCAGCGAGGGAAAUGGAUGGCGAUGAUUGGCUCUAUGUGGUCUAUUGGUACUGUUGCUGGACCACUCCUUGGCGGCGGCUUUUCACAGAAUGUCUCAUGGCGAUGGAUCUUCUGGAUCAACCUUCCCUUCCUUGGCAUCGGUUCGAUUAUGAUCACGGCUUUCUUGAAGCUUAAUUAUAACGCUACCUCGCUUCUCCUGAAGCUUCGCCGCGUAGACUGGUUCGGCACUGUCCUGUUCCUUGGCUCAAUAACCGCCUUCCUCAUCCCCAUUACCUGGGGCGGUGUGCAAUACGCCUGGGACAGCUGGCGGACUCUGGUACCGCUACUGGUGGGCGCGGCAGGACUCGUUCUGUUUGUUGUUCAUCAGGAACUUUGGGCCCCCGAACCUCUGAUCCGGACAGCCGUCUUCAAGGAUGCUACAGCAGCAGUGACGUAUCUCGAGUCCGUCAUCCACGGCAUCAUUCUCUGGGGUAUUCUCUACUACCUGCCGCUCUACUACCAAGCGGUCAAAGGCAUGACGCCCAUCAUGGCAGGCAUAGCUCUCUUCCCCCAGACCUUCACUGUGGCGCCAGCAUCUGUGGUCGCCGGCACGAUAAUCGCCAUAACAGGCCGCUACCGCUGGGCCAUCUGGACUGGCUGGGUCCUCGGCACGUUCGGUAUGGGCCUCAUGAUCCUCCUCGACGAACACACCACGACGGUCGAAUGGGUCUUCCUCAACCUCGUCGGCGGCAUCGGCACCGGCAUUCUCUUCCCCGCCAUGGGGCUCGCCAUCCAAGCAUCCACGAACAGCGCGGACCAGGCGUAUGCGGCGACCAUGUUCAGCUUCAUGCGCGCGUUCGGGCAGACGCUGGGCGUCGCCAUUGGAGGCGUGAUUUUCCAGAACCAGAUGAAGAAGAAGUUGCUUACUCUCCCGCUGCUGGCGGGCCAUGCGGACGAGUACUCCAAGGAUGCGGCAGGGUUGGUGGAGAUCAUUAAGGCGUUGCCUGAGGGGGUGAUGAAGGCGCAGUUGAAGGAGAGUUAUGUGUAUGCGUUGAAGUAUAUCUGGAUUGUUAUGACGGUGUUGGCGGCCGUGGCCAUGGUGGCGAGUGCGGUCACCAAGGCUUAUCCUCUCGAUAGGGCGAACGAGACGGAGCAGGGUUUCGUGGAGAAGAAGAAGGUUCGGGAUUCGGAGGGGGGUGUUGUGGAGGGCUGAAGAGUCAGAAGGGAAGGGAGAACGAAGAUACGGGAGGUACAUUUGCUUGCGCAGGCGUUUAUUGUAGAGGGAUUGGAAGAGGGGUUUCGGCGCGGUAUGCAUAUGUUCUCAAUACUGACGAUAGACUCGACUCUAGAUAAUGGCAUAAUGACUCC